AUGCCGUCGAGCAUCUGCGCGGCAGAGGAACCCUCAGAGGACGGCGCCUCAGUGCAGCAGUUGGUGACCUUCGUGUGGCCAUCGAUUAUGGACGACUUUCUUUUAGCCAAAGUCUUGGAAAGAAGUGUUUGGCUGGCGUUUCCGAUGAACAAUCUUGUACUUGAAGUGCUUUUGGCGAACCUCCAUGUGACUCAAUCCCCUAGAGUAAAGGAAAUCUGUCUUGGAAUCCUGGGAAACCUAGCCUGUCAUGAAUCUCUAGUUAAUGCUAUCAGCCUGCACAAUGGUUUGACUGCUACGGUUGUGGAUCAGCUGUUUCUAGAUGACUCUGCUUGCCUUUCUGAAAUAUUCAGGUUUUUGGCUGCUGUUCUACGUACCAGUGUGUCUGUUUCUUGGGCUGAAGCUCUUUUCCCUGAUGAAAUUCUUUCACGCAUUCUGUGGAUAGUUGGAAACACACUGAAUUCUACCUUGCUUGAGAAGGUCAAAGACUUUCUGUCAACUGUCAUUGAUAAUCAAGAUGUGACCGCCAUUCUUCUUCAGCCAUUUAUAAAAGUGGGUUUGAUUAACCACACUAUCAGUCUGUUAGCAAGUGAGAUUGAAAAGUCAUCAAAUGAGGGUAAAUUAGACAGGUCAGAUUCUCUUGAUUUGAUCCUUAUUUUCAUUGAAGAAUUAUCUGCCAUAGACAGCUGUUCAGGAGUGAUGUCACAAAGUGAUCAGCUGAUUCAAGUGCUUGAAAGCAUAGUUAAGUUACCUGAUAAAUUUGAGGUUACAAGCUAUUGCGCUUCUGUGGUUAUCGUAUUAGCAAAUAUUUUGUCAGAUGGAAAGCAUAUUGUGCCUAGGCUCUCUCAUGAUUUACCCUUCCUGGAGGGCCUCUUUGACAUUCUUCCACUGGUCUCUGAUGAUAACCAAGCCCGGAAUGCUCUCUGGUGUAUCUUAGCAUGUUUGCUGUUACAAGCACAACAAAUCGAUAUGACCUCUUCAUCUCUCGAGCAAUUUGUAUCUCUAUUGCUUAGCAGGUUCGCACACAUUAAAGAUGACCUUGAAAGCCACAGAGUCGACAAAAAAAGAGUUGUCAGCUGA